CCCCCACCACCACUCCCUUCUCCCCCUACUCAUUCCCCACUCGCCACAACACGGUAGUGCCAGGAGUGGCGACGCUCGACAGGUUCUUCCCAACACCCGAGCGAUUCAUGGAGGGCCUGUUGGGCAAGGUGGGCACCGCCUGUGGCACCCUCUCUCCAUCUUCACCUUUCGCCCUCAUCUCUCCCCUCCUUUCCCACUCGCAGUGCCUGGUGUCGCCACACUUGACAAGUUCUUCCCCACAGCCGAGCGCUUCAUGGAGGACCUGUUCGGCAAGGUGGGCACGGCGUUUGGCGUCUACAACUUCACAGUCGCCGUCACACCAGACGCCUCUGACCAGACCCAGUGCUACAACGGGCCCAAGAAGCUGCCCCCCAUGCCCUUCUGCUGCGACCCGCUUCCCAUCCCCAUUGAGAAGUGCCCCGCUAAGGUUAUGAACUUCACCGAGUAUCCCACUAUGAGGCAGUAUAUUAAUAGGACGGUCACUGACAGGCAGUGUGAUAAGUUCAAGUGCAGCAACAGCGGCGGCGAUGGCAGUGCUGCUGCUGGUGUUGGUGGUGGCACAAGCACGAAGCUGAAUGGCAUCACAUCACCUACUGACUGUAUUCCUACAAGCAACACUGGUGGCAGCAGCAGUGGUGGUGCUAAUUCGAGCAGCAACAGCAGUGGUGGUGCUGAUUUGAGCAGCAGCAGCAGUGGUGGUGCUGAUUCGAGCAGCAGCAGCAGUGGUGGUGCUGAUUCGAGCAGCAGCAGCAGUGGUGGCUCCCCGUCUGGUUCGAGUGGGGUAAAGAUCUCCCAUCGCCUGCAUGCCACGGCUAAUUUUGUUGCUGUGAUGGUGAUGCUCGCAGUGCUGGCACUGCUGUGA